UCAGCUGUCCUUCAUGCACGACUUCACAGUGUAGUCCGUCAUAUGAGUUCUGUAUGUUGUUGACGAUGUUCUCAGAAACUCACACUAGUGUCGAAGAAGGUUCCAUAAGGUCAUGCAAUCCACACUCAAACGCUUUCUCAUAGUCAAGGAAGUUGAUGUGCAGUGAUGAGUUCCAUUCAAUUGAUUGCUCAACGAUCAUCCGUGGUGUCGUGAUUUGGUCUGCGCAUGACCAAUCCUUACGGAAAAUGAACUGUUGAUCUCGAAAUUGGGCUACUGGGUCUUGCAACCGGUUCAGCAACACUGUUGAAAGCUUCUCCUGGUACCGAUAGUAGUGUGAUGCAUGUGUAGCUACCACACUUGCUCAGAUCUCCUUCCCUUGGUAUGUAGACGAGGUAUCCUACUUUUAGUCUGUCUGAAGCACUUGUUCCUCCUCCUAAAUCUUCCUGAAUAUGACUGGCACGUUUUUGCCCGGUCUUGGCUAAGGCUAAGACAAACCAUGAUAAUCGUUGCAAAUUGGAUCUUAAAGUCUCAAGUAACAUUAGCUGCGGCUAUAUCGAUGAUUGGAAAGUGUAUAGAUGCCUCUCCAGACGUGGAUUUGUGCAUCAUAUUGUGGUUCACAAACGUCAUUUUGUUGAUCCAACGACGGGGCUCCAUACAAACAACAUUGAGGGCGUGUGGUCUAGGCUGAAGUAUUUUUAAAGACCCUACCACGGCUCCAGAGGACGAUUAUUAUGGAGUCAUAUGGACGAAUUCUUAUACCGCAUGAACUAUGAUCUCAAAACUUCUGAACCUUUAUCAAACCUCAACAAGUUCUUAAAUCAUGUAAAAGAAGAAUAU